UAGAAAAAAUUAGAAGAAAAUCCAAAAUAAAUCUAGGAUGGUGUAACUUCAGUCACAUAUCUUAAAACGCUUCCAGGGCCAGGGCAAGAUGCAGUAAUUGGAAAAUUAAUUACGAAAACGAAAAAACAAGGAAAAAUUGGGGAACAAUUCUGGAAUGGGUGCACUUUGAUGGUCUCUCUCGUUCACUUCGACGUGUGUGGCUCCACGCGCAUAUGACACUUGCAGGUAACCCCCCAGAUUAAAGAAAAUUGAGAGAAUUCAUAGAGUUUAUAAUCUCUAUCGCGUGACAUUCGAUGACAUGCACAAAGUGCAGCGUGCUCUACUCUCCUCCUCGAAUCUUGGAACAUUUCCCAAAAGGUCGUACAGAACAUAAGGGAUGCAUGUUCGGUUCGCCCCGAGCCCAACAGGUUACCUGCAUCUCGGAGGCCUCCGUACAGCUCUGUGCAAGAUGAUGCAACUAUCCAUUGGCUCGAGUAAACCAGGGAAAUUUUAUUCUACGCUUAGAAGACAUGGAUCAAACAGGACUCGUACCAGAUGCUGCCCAAGAGCAUUGGACAGUCUCUGAAGAAACGGUGGGACCGCCUCUGCAUAGAAAAUACAAGACUAUCCUCGAUGCAUUGACACCAAUAGACUAUACAAUAUCCUGUAGUUUGGUGAUUCACACAUCCUAUUAUUAUGUGUGCCGAGUGAAUAAUUAUGUAGAAAUUAAUAAUAAUGUAUACGUCUCGUAUCUUGGAGAACAAGAAAUUAAUAAUUGAAUGUUAAUUGAAAUGAAACUAUCGUUCAUACUCUUGUAACGCAUUAAUCAUAAGUAUACAAAAAUGAUUUUAUAUUGUUCAUUGCAAAGUCUCAAUAUGUAUUCUUGACGAUUAAUUUAUUAAUAAAAACUCAUUGUAACCGAAA